CACUUGCCAUCAAAACACCUUGUCCACUCUAUUUGACCCUACAACACCAAAUAAUUUAAGCCCUCAAUUCAAUCCCCAAGUAAAAAAAGUAGGCUAAAUAAAUCAUACCCAACAAGCCACUUCCCCUCCCCCCCUUGCAUUGCAAUUUACCUCCAAGUUCUUGGAAAUAAAGCAGGAAACUUUUGAAUAUAAUGUUUCUGGUCUAAAACAUACGUAGUGAUAGUGGAAGGGAGAAACAAGCGAUCAAAGAACAACAACAGGAAUCACAGGGAGAGAUGGGAGGGGUAACAUCAUCAAUGGCAGCAAAGUUUGCUUUUUUCCCACCAAACCCACCAUCAUACAAGCUAGUAACUGAUGAAUUAACAGGUCUAUUGCUACUGAGCCCAUUUCCUCAUCGUGAAAAUGUUGAAAUCUUGAAAUUGCCAACAAGGAAAGGUACAGAUAUUGUGGCAAUGUAUAUAAGGCAUCCUUUGGCUACUUCCACCUUGCUUUAUUCUCAUGGAAAUGCUGCCGAUCUGGGUCAGAUGUAUGAGCUUUUCAUUGAGUUGAGCAUCCACUUAAGGGUCAAUCUCAUGGGGUACGACUAUUCUGGGUAUGGGCAAUCGUCGGGAAAGCCGAGUGAGCAGAAUACAUAUGCUGAUAUUGAAGCUGCAUACAAGUGUCUAGAAGAAAGCUAUGGUACCAAGCAGGAAGACAUAAUCCUUUAUGGGCAAUCUGUUGGAAGUGGCCCCACGUUAGAUCUUGCUGCUCGACUGCCUCAGUUACGGGCUGUUGUUCUGCAUAGUCCCAUACUCUCAGGAUUAAGAGUCAUGUAUCCUGUUAAGCGUACAUACUGGUUUGACAUUUAUAAGAAUAUUGACAAAAUCCCACUAGUAAAUUGUCCAGUUCUCAUCAUGCAUGAAUGGUGCUGUGUGCUGACUUCUGACAUCACUGAGUUCUUUUAUUUGACUGUCCUUGAGGUUCUGACAUAUACAGCUGAGGGAACUUCAGAUGAAGUUGUCGAUUGCUCCCAUGGUAAGCAAUUAUGGGAACUCUGUAAAGAAAAGUACGAACCACUUUGGCUUAAAGGAGGGAACCAUUGUGAUUUAGAGCACUAUCCAGAGUAUAUCAGGCAUCUGAAGAAGUUCAUAUCAACUGUGGAGAAAUCUCCUUCUCAAAGAUACAGUUCCAGGAGAAGUACAGAUCAGUUUGAGCAGUCACGGAAGAGUACUGAUGUCUUUGAGGUUUCAAGGAAAAGCACAGAUCGAAGAGAGAAACCAAGGCACAGUACUGACAGGCUCGAGAAACCAAAAAUUCAAUCUAAUCAUGUUGACAAGCUAGAAAAACUAAAAAAUCUGUCAAAUAAUGCUGAUAAGCUAGAAAAGUUAAGGAUGUCAUUUGAUCAAAUGGAAAGGUCUCGGAGGAGUGUUGAUUGCCAUGAGAAAUCCCGGAAAAGCAUCGACCACCAAUUGGAAAGAGCACGGAAAAGUGUUGACAGGUUGGAAAGAAUACGGACUGGUUGAUACUCAAAACCAACUGUAAAAUUUACGCAUGGGUUUGGUGUUGUGGGCAAUUCAUUUGGUUUUUCUUUGCUAAUUUAUAUGGUUUUAUGGCUGUGUUGCAUUGUCUCUAUAAUAACAAUGGCAUGAAAUGAGAAAGGGUUUGGUGUUAUAAUGAUUUACUACAAA